ACGCGAAAUGACCCGACGAGCGUCUCCCGCGCCUCUCGGCAACAAAAAGACGUCCCGACGACGUCUCGCCUCCUAAUAGUCAUGUAAUAAUGACCAGGGUAAACACAAAAUCAGAUAUGUCUUCCAUUUAAAAAAAAUCUCUGAUAUUCAAGUGUGAUAACAACGUCUUCCAACAAUAGACUUAGCGUUUAAGGAUUAGAUUUAAGGAAAUUCGAUUAGUGUUAUCGGUGUUUUUAUUGAAAUAAAAAAAAUAAGGUCCGAGAUGUUUUACGGGGGUGGGAAAAACCGUUACCAUCCAUCUCAGAACGAGAAGGUUAUAAUAGAGAGACUGUGGAAAGGGGCAUUUUGCCAGGCAUUGGUUGCGACCAAAGCGGCCCCGCAGUUCAGGAAGUACAUGAGAGGCAAGCAGCAUCAGCAGAGAUGCUGCUGCCAUUGUCACUGCGGGGAUGUGGUUCAUCCGCAGAACAAUUUGCACGAGAAGAUGCCGCCCUACUACGGCAGGAAGAAGCAGAAACAGAUGAUGAGAUCGGUUGUGAGCGUAACCGAAACUCAUCAGGUGGCCGAAGCACAACAGGAGAAGAAUGCCAGGCUGAGAAAAGCUUUCGGCAUAUCCGAAUAUUUUGUCGAUGGCAGCAGUUUCGAUCCGGAUCGUGAGGCCAAGGAGAAAAUUGCAGAGUCCAAUGCUAUACAAGAGAUGGAACUGCAGAAAGCUAUGGAAAAGGAAAAGGAAAAAGAAUUGGAGAGAGAACAAGCAACUCGAUAUCAGCUAGUGCACACUCCGAGUCCUGAACCGGUGGAGACAAAAGUUUCGAAAAAGAAAAAGAGAAGGCGUAAAGACAGCGAAUCCAGUGAGGAGCCGAAGAAGAAGAAGAAAACUAAGAAAAAGAGAGAAAGAUCUACAAAAAACAAGGACAAAAAGAAAUCCAAGAAAAAACACAGGCAUUCAUCCGUUUCUUCCGAUCAAAGUGAGCAUUCAGAGUCUUCCGAUGAUAACGAAUCAAGCGAUGAUGAAUCGGCUAAGAAACAAAAGUCAAAGAAGAAAGAGAAAAAGAAGAAUUCCAAAAGGAGAAGAUCCAAUUCAAACUCCAGCUCUGACGAAAGUAUUCCAGAUAAGAAAUCUAAACAUGAGAAGAAAAGGGAGAAAAGCGUAUCGAUAGAAAGAUCCAGAAAAAGAUCGUUGGACAGGAGCACCAAGAAAACGAAACAUUAUUCACCAGAAGUGGAAAAGAAGGAGAAGAAGCAUGGAUCUCAUACUCCAAAAAAACGCAAGCACUCCAAAGAGAGAAGUAGAUCCCCCAAGAAAUCAAGAGGAAAAUAUGAAGAGCAUAGUAAGAAAUCUAGAAAAUCGAGGUCUUUAUCAUUAGAUUCAAAGAGAACCUCUCACAGAAGAAAAUCGUUAUCGCCUUAUGAAUCCAAGAAAUCGAGGAAAUCAAGGUCAAGAUCACCAUCAUAUAAAAAGAAAUACCGUUCUAAAUCACCUGAAGAAGAAAAAUUGUUAGAUAGUAGAUCGAAGUCAUAUGAUUCUAAAAAAAAUCAACGCAAUGUUGGAAGAAACUCACGUUCAACCACACCAAUAAGAAAACAAAGUAGAUAUGAAAAAAGCAAAAAGACUGAAGUCCCUAGACGAUCACCUAGUAUAGGAGAUAGAUAUUAUGAAUCAAAAAAGAAAUCAAGAAGAUCAACUAGUCAUUCUAGGUCGCCACUCAAUAAAAAUAACAGCAAAAAAUAUGAAAUUGAAGAAGAAAAAUAUGAUAAACAAGAUUAUUCUAAAAAAAAAUAUCUGCCCCAUAAAGAUGGAGAUGAUGAAAGAAAAAAGGAAAAAAAGAAAAAUAACAGAGAGGGGAGGAACCAGAGUGUUGAACGGAGUCGAUCUAGGGAUAAGAAUAAAGAAACUAAAAUUAUUUCGAAGGAAAUUGAGAGAAACAAAAGAGAUUCUUCAAAAGUUAGGAGAACUGAAAGAAGUAAGAGCCGUAGUAAAAGUAUUGAAUCUAAAAAAACAUCAAACUACAAAAAAGAGGAUGAGAAAAAAUUCGAAUCAAAAAAAUCUAGAUCUCCGGAACCUAUCAAAUCACCUGAGAAACGGCUAAAUUAUAAAGAUGCAGAGAAAUUUGAGCACAAGAAAUCAAAAUCGCCUGACAAAAAAGCCAAGGAAAUUGAGAAACAGCAUACAAGAAGCAGAUCAAAUUCCCAUAAAACCGAUAAAUAUGAGAAGACAACAACAAAGGAGAGAAGUACGGAUCGUGACCGAGGCAGAGAUAAAAGUUCAGAUAGAAGUACCGAAAGAACUCAACGAAGGAAAGAAGAAAUGAAUAUUGAUAAGUUCAGAAACAGUUCUGUUACCCCUCCCAGACCUACUAAACGAACUAGAAGCCCUUCUGAGAGUUCACAAUCAGAAAAAGAAGUGAAAAAAUCUUCAAAGCAAAUACACGAUAAAAAAUCACAUGAGAAAUCUCCUAAACUCUCAAAACCUCUACCAGUUGUCAAAUUGAGGCCUUCUUCUUCGGAAGAUGAAAUUCCUGCGGAUGAUUUAGAGCGAGAAGACGAAGUGGAAGAUAAGGAUUUGAAAAUCCUGCGUUUGUUAAAAUAUGACCUUGCGGCGAAAGCUAAAGACGUUCUUGAAAAAAAAAUUCAAAAAGGGAAGUCGGAAUACGAAGAACGUCUCAGCAAAUUAUUGGAAGCAAGAAAGUCGAGUAUGGCAAAUGAGAAAAAAACCAUUGAACCAAAUGUUUUUGAUAUUAAGGUGUUACCACUAAAAAGAGAUAUUUCUAAGAGUCCUGUACAAAGUAAAAACUCUAAAGAUAUUUUUGAUAUUUAUUCUGAAAACAGAAGGGAUAAAAGUUCGAGUAAAGCUUCCUCAAGAGAUCGAAGUGACUCAAGACCUAGAGAUAAGAGGAGUAACUCAAGGACAAGGUCUCCAAGUAGUAAGGCUUCCUUGGCUGCUAAAAGUAAAAAAUCAAGGUCUAGGAGCUCAUCUCGAUCAAAGAGCAGUUCCAGAAGUAGAAGUAAUUCAUCUUCAUCAAACAGCAGUUACUCAAAAUCAUCAGGAUCUCGAUCAAGGUCUAGGUCAAGAUCAUAUUCCAGUUCAUCAUCCUCAUCCUCCUCUUCUAGCCGUUCUUCCAGGUCAAGAUCCCCAUCUAUCCCCAGGAGGCAUGGGUCACCCUCAUUUCUUGACCGCAGACGGAUAACAAGCGCAAGGAAGCGACCCAUCCCAUAUCAUCGACAAACACCAAGCUCUCUUUCUUCGAGAAGUAGCUGCAGCAGUUUGAGCCCUUGGUACAAACGGAGGUCAACUUCUAGAUCUGCCAGCCCGUUCUCCAGAUCUCAAUCAAGGUCUUCGAUCAAAUCAACAAGAUCUCCAUAACACUUUGUCAAAAGCUUAGAACUAAAAUUAUUUGCUAGUAUAAUUUUGAAUUAGCAAUAAUCUAAUUUUUCCAAGAAGAGCUUGGUAACAGUUAAGGAAUGAUCUUAGUUUUAUGCUGAAUUAUAUUAUGUAAUAUAGUGGUUCAACAAGAACUAAUCUAACUGAUAUAUUUAUCUAGAACGUAGUUGUAUAUUUAAAAUAGUCUAAUCAAUACUAACUUGGUGAAAGGAAUAUAAUUUUUGAAUUAUUAGAAAUUAUACUCCUUUGCACAAUUUGUGCAAUAAGUGAAAACUGAGCCUUCAGUAUGGGAAGCUUGAAAGUCUUGCAAU